CCACCCCCAAGAUGGCGGCACCAACGGCUCCAUGACGCCAUCACCUCGCGCCUCUUCCAUCCCCGUCUCGGUGACGUCAUCACCGCGAGCCGCGCGGCCCGGAAAAAUGGCUCGGUACGGCGCUGUGACGUCAUCGGCGCGCGCCGCUCGGCCCAGGGAGGGCGGAGGGGGCGGCGGCGGCGGCGGCGCGCGGGGAUUCCUCCGGCGGGGGGGUGGGCGGGGCGGCCCCGAGGCGGCCCCAAGAUGGCGGCGGCGGGAGCGGAGGCGGCGCUGGGGCUCCGCUCGCCGCCCCCAAGAUGUCGGCGUCGGGCGGGCGGCGCGCGGCGUGACGUCGUCGGGCCCCGCCGGCGCGGGGGGGGCGGGGGAGCGGCCCGAGCGGCGCAGGCGGCGGCGGCGGCGGCGGCGGAGGAGGAGGAGGAGGAGGAGGAGGAAGAGGCGGAGAGGGGGGGCCCGGACCCGGCCGCGGCACCGGGGGGGGAUUUAAAGGGACCAUGUCCCCUCCGCGGGGAGAGCGGCGGCGGCGGCGGAGCGGCGAGAGAGGCGCGCGGCCCCGGGGGUGGCGGCUGCGGCGCUGAGGGGGGGGGCGAGGGAUUUUUCCGGCUGUCCCUGGCCGUCAACCCUCCCGAGUCCCAGCGCGGUGUUUUUUUCCAAGUGACACAGCACAAUCAGCAAGGGAUGGAGAAAGCUGUCCCUACUUUAUCAGAGCAACAGCGAGAGCGCCAGGGAGAUGGAAGCAGAGCCCUGCUAAUGCCACUGGAGCCAAACAAAGAGAAUUUUGCUGCCCCUGAUUGCCCCCAAGGUGAAGAGAGAAGAGCUGCUUUUGUGAAAGAUGCAAAAAGGCCUCUGGAGAGCGCGGCUCUAUCUGGGACAUCGGUGGAAGUGGGGACGGAGCUCGACGAAGCCGCCUUCUACACCGCUGAUGACUUGGUGACAAUGAGCAGGGACACAAAGGGACCCUCCGGCACCGAUCUCUCCCCCCUACAAGAGGACUCCGUCUUCUUCUCUCCGCUGUCCCGCCAAGAGCCCGACAUUGCCCUGGAAGCCUGCGACGUGGCCGAUGAGCCUGAUCCUGCCCUCUCCGGUGCUGUCCCAGCCCCAGCUCACAGGACCGAACUCGGCUCCAAGACCGAAGAGCAUUUAGAGUUCCAGAAGGCUUUGUACAGAGCGGACGCCAGGAGCUCCCUGGAGCUGCGCGCCAUGACCGUGUCCGGCAGCGUGCCCUGGGACACCUCCGCCCUGGAGACCCGAGCGGGUGAUGGCAGAGAAGAAAGCACUUUAGAGAGACUCUCUAGCUUGAAGGACUCAAAGGACGUGUCGGCGUUCCCGGGGGAUCCCCAGGUUGUAAAUACAGUGCGGGUGGAUCCUGAGGACCUGGAGAGCGACGCUGAGGAGCUGGGCGCCGGCAUGGCGGCAGCUGGGACGCCCAACCCUUGCACGGGGCCACCGGUGGGUAGUGGGGAGGAGAAAUACCUUAAACCUGAACCAAAGCAACUUGAAGGCGUCGGCAAAGAGCACUUAGAGAAAAGCAGGAGGGGGAUCCAGAGGGUCGACUGGAUUUCUCGACCCAACAGAAGCCCGAGUCCUCACUACAAAGACGUGAGCAAGCCGACGGAUGUAGCAACCAACGUACCCUUCCGGGGACAGGCUGUGCGUGAAGUGCCUCCUCCGCUGACUCCGGCAGUGUUCAGGAAAUCUCUGAACCCUGUCCUCAGCAAGUCCAAAACCCUCGAGACCCCCUCGUCCCACAGGAAGGGGCUGGGGGUCGACUCGGACGCGGGUGAGAUGGGCGCGCUCAGCGCAGCUGAGUGGACCAUCCCAAAGCCGGCCCUGCAGCUCAGCACCGACCUCGCCAUCGGCAAGCAGUCGUGGACGGUGAAUUCGGAGGAUUCGGUGGAGAGGAUCCCGUUGAUGUCCCUGGAGCCCACUCCCUGCAGCUCCUAUGAUGUGGAGAUGAGGCCCUACGUGUGCAGCGUGCUGGUGGAGGAGCAGGGCAAAGAGGAGCUGGGCCCCGAGGAGGACCCCACGGUGUACACGUGCAUCGAGUGCAGCAUCUACUUCAAGAAGAAGGAGCACCUGAUGGAUCACAUGCUCCAGCACAACCGUGGACCAGGGAGGGACCAAGAUGGGGACGCUCUCGGAGGGCAGUGCCAGUUCUGCUGCAGUGAGUGCGGGUGGGCGUUUGGGGACCUUGCAUCCCUAGAGCAGCACAAAAGGCUCCACCAGGAAUCCAGGGAAAAAAUCAUUGAGGAGAUCCAGAAGCUGAACGAGUUCCCUGACGAGGGUCGGGAAGCCCGGCUGCAGUGCCCCAAGUGCAUCUUUGGCACCAACUCCUCCAAGAUCUUCGUGCAGCACGCCAAGAUGCAUGUCAAGGAGAGGAAGGACCAAGGGGCGAAGAGCUUGAAUCUCUACGGGGGCGGAGAGCUGCAGGAUAGCCCCGUGCAUGGUAUGUACAAACACUUCAAACCCAAUGAGCACAUGCCCCUGCAAGUGCAGGCGCCUCCGCACGGCAAAGGGCUCAGCACCUGCAUGCUCUGCAGCUUCCCGGCGCCCAACGAGAACAUCCUCAAAGAGCACAUGAAAUACGCCCAUUCCCACCUCUCUUGGGACGCGGAGGUGUACGAAGAAGAUCCCAACCAACCGGGAACCAGCAGGGACGCCUACAGCCCCGCCAGGCCGGGCCGCUUUGCAGAGACUGAUUAUUUUGGCAAAGCAGACCAGCUCUUCCCUCCACCCCACCGGGAAAGCGCGUCGCAUUACGACAUCCACAGCUUCACCGUAGAUCACCCCAGACUCAACAGAAGCAAUGGGGGUAGCAAAAAGGACUACUCGACGUCGGGGUUCCAUGCCAGGAAAGCGGCCCCGUAUGCUGCCCGGCACAAAAACCUGGGGCUCUCCUCCACGAAGGCUUAUUCACAGUUUGCUCUGCAGCACCUGAAAAAAAAAACAGCAGCUCAGCACCUCGAAGCCGAAGGCGACGGUCUGAGGGGUCACCCAACGGGCCUGGAGGAGGUCGGGCACAAAUGGAUGUUUAUCAACGAGGUGGGGGGCGUGGAAGGGGAGUUCUCCAUGACCACGGACAUGGACUUGAUGGAGCACAGAGUCACCAAACCCGUCACCAUCCCUCAAGCUGCGUUGGACCUCAAGAGGACGUACAGAGACACGUUGAGAGCCAUGGACCCUUUGGUCGCCUCCGAAGAGCAGCAGCAGCAGCUGCGGAUGAUGGUGCCCAUCGUUCUGCUGGAGGAGGUCAACCCACACCCCAAAGCAAAGAAGCGGCCCCGGGCAAAGCCCUGCAAGAAGAAAGCAGCAUUCCCAUCGCGGGAGUUCAUGAUGGAAGAGCCUCUUCCCUUGGAUGUGCUCCUGUUGGACUCUCCUUUAGAGUUUGAUGACUUUUUGGACUCCGACUCGCCCAUGUUGAAGAACGAGGAGAGGAAGUGCCCGUAUUGCCCGGAUCGGUUCCACAACGGCAUUGGGUUGGCGAACCACGUGCGGGGCCACCUCAAUCGGGUUGGUGUGAGCUACAACGUCCGGCAUUUCAUCUCGGCAGAAGAAGUGAAAGCUAUUGAGCAAAAAUUUUCCUUCCAAAAGAAGAAGAAAAAAGGUAUUGCAAACUUCGACCCGAGCACGUUCAGCCUGAUGCGAUGCGAGUUCUGCGGGGCCGGCUUCGACACGCGCGCCGGGCUCUCCAGCCACGCCAGGGCCCACCUGAGAGACUUUGGGAUCACCAACUGGGAGCUCACCAUCUCGCCCAUCAACAUCCUCAAGGAGCUGUUGGCCAACUCGGCGGAGUACCCCAUGCUGCAGGCGGCGGUGGGAGCGGAGCCCUCAUCCCCGGGCCGAGAGCCGCACGGCUUCGUGCCCCGCAAGAGCAUGACCCCCAUCUCCGAGUGCAGCAUUCCACGCUCUCCUCUGUCCCCAUUCCCUCCAUCUUGGGGAGAUGAGUCCUUGCAGUCCUACAGAGACGUUCUGGCCCCGGAGGAGGAGGAGGUGGUGGCCAUGGAGGUGGGUUCCCCCCCGCCUCCACCACCGCCACCGCUGCCCAAGAAGAGCUCAGCCCCGGGGCAGUCGGAGCAGCCCGCCCGCAUAGGGACCAAGCUGUGCGCCGAGCCGCCCGGCGGCAAAGCGGAUCCACACGACCCCAAAACCCAGAACCUGACGACGUGCGAGGUGUGCGGCGCCUGCUUCGAAACCCGCAAAGGGCUCUCCAGCCACGCGCGCUCCCACCUGCGGCAGCUCGGCGUGGCCGAGUCGGAGAGCAGCGGGGCCCCCAUCGAUUUGCUCUACGAACUGAUGAAGCAGAAGGGCAAACCCGAUGGGCACCCCAUGGCUCCCCCCACCCUCAGCAAAAAAUCCGCUUCUCCCAAGGACGGCAUUGCCGGCUCCCCGCGGCCCGCGCUGCUCGCGCUCGGCAAAGGCGGUGAGCGCCCGCUGGAUGGCCCCAUCAACAAAGCCAUCAAAUCCCCGCCAGGAUUCUCCAAGAGCCUCUCGCAGCCCGGAUCCCCCAUCCUCAAGAAGGUGCCCCCCGCCCUCUCCGGGUCCCCCUCUCCGAAAAACCCCGAGGAGAAGAGCUCGAAGCUAUCGCUGAGCCCUCUGCAGAGCUCCCCAAAGGCGCAGUGGCCGCAGGCGGAUGAGGAAGGACCUCUCAAUUUGACCGCGGGGGGAGAGCCGGUGCGGGACAUCCGCUGCGAGUUCUGCGGAGAGUUCUUUGAGAACCGCAAGGGGCUGUCGAGCCACGCGCGCUCCCACCUCCGACAGAUGGGGGUGACGGAGUGGUACGUCAACGGCUCGCCCAUCGACACGCUGCGCGAGAUCCUCAAGCGCCGAACCCACCCGCGGAGCGGAACCUCCAACCCCAUGGGCCCCGGGCACAAAGCCAUGGCCAAGACCCUCCUGGCAGCCAUGGGACCCCUGGAGCCGCGGGGUCCCGGGGAGCUCCACAUCCCGACUCUGCCCAAGAAGAAGAAGCUCAAACAUGACCAGAUGAGAGUGGAAAUCAAGCGUGAGAUGAUGACGGGGGGUCUCCACGGAGAGCCCCACCCCUCCGACCAGGCUUGGCCACCGCUGGAGGAGAUGUCACCCCUGAACCUCUCCUCCCGGGCCGACCCGGUGCGGGACAUCCGCUGCGAGUUCUGCGGAGAGUUCUUCGAGAACCGCAAGGGGCUGUCGAGCCACGCGCGCUCCCACCUCCGACAGAUGGGGGUGACGGAGUGGUCGGUGAACGGCUCUCCCAUCGACACGCUGCGCGAGAUCCUCAAGAAGAAAUCGAAGCCCUGCGUCAUCAAGAAGGAGCCCCACACCUCCAUCAUUGAAACCCCCAAAGGGUUUGGGGAGGAGGGGAUGGACCCCAAGCCCCCCGGAAAAGUGCUGCAGGCCAUGGCUCUCCCUCCGCUGGGCGGGCGGACGGGGAAACCCGGUGGCUCCAGCAUGGGCCGCGAGCUCUCGCUGUCGCCGCUCACCACCAAGCCCCACGGUGCCUUCUUGACACCACUGGCCACCAAACGGCCACUGCAGGACGACCGCCUGGGUCCCCACCCCGAGGUGAAGCACAAGGCCUACAUCCAGACCGAGCUGCCCUUCAAAACCAAGUCCGUACACGACAAGCCCACGCACACAUCCACCGAAGCGUGCUGCGAGCUCUGCGGCCUCUACUUCGAGAACCGCAAGGCUCUGGCCAGCCACGCGCGGGCGCACCUCCGGCAAUUCGGCGUCACCGAAUGGUGCGUCAACGGCUCUCCCAUCGAGACGCUCAGCGAAUGGAUCCGGCACCGGCCGCAGAAAGCCGGCGCGUACCGCAGCUACAUCCAGGGGGGCCGACCCUUCACAAAGAAGUUCAGGAAUUCUUCGCACGCCCGAGACCACGACGGAGCGCGGAGGAUGCCGCUGAGCCUGCAGCACGGCGGCAUGGCCCUGCUGAGCAAAGGGCUGGCGGCGGAGCUGGCGCACGGGGAGCCCUGCAAGAUCCUGGACGGCACCGGGGAGCGGCCCAUGGUCACCUCGCCCCUCUCGCUGGUGAAGAUGGAAGAACAUCAGCGCACGAAUUUCCACAAGUUCGAGCGGAGGCAGGCAAGGCCCCUGGAUCCCACCCUGCACAGGGAAGAGGAGGGGGCCGACUUCCAGCAGAAGAUGGAGGAGACCCGCCAGCCCCCCCCCAGGAUGAGGCCGGUGCCCUCGCUGGUCCCCCGCCCGCCACAGACCUCCCUGGUGAAGUUUGUGGGUAACAUCUACACCCUCAAGUGCAGGUUCUGUGAGGUGGAGUUCCAGGGCCCUCUCUCCAUCCAGGAGGAGUGGGUGCGACACCUCCAGCGACACAUCCUGGAAAUGAAUUUCUCCAAAGCAGACCCCCUGCGGGGGGACGCCCCGGCCCCCGAACCCCCCGCCGUGGCCGAGGCUCAGUAAUGGAGCCCCCCCAACCCGGGGGGCAACGGAGCCGAACCGGGGCACCCUCCGCCCCCCAACCCCGUGCCUGCGCCUCCCCCACGGAGCAACCUCAGCCCCCCCCCCAGCCCCAACGCUGGGCUGGAAGGGGGGCACCCGGCCACAAAGCACUACAAGGAUCAAAGCCCCCCGGGUCCCCCUGGGGGUGGCGGCGGCACUCGAGGACGGGGCCGGGGGACAGCAGUGACACCGCGUGCCGCCCUCUCUCCCGACCGCCGGUCCGGUUCAGCCCAAAGACGCGGGAGCUGCGUUGGUUUCCUCCGCUUCAGGGACACGGGGGAGCCGACGCCGCGCAUCUGUAGAUGGCCCCGAGAGAGUCGGUGUAGAAUUGGAGUCCCGUCGGCAGCGCCUCCUGUAGCUCCCGGCGCUGUCGGAGCCCAUUUGCCGGAUCCGGGCUUGCAUGUUUGCCCCGCUCCCCCUUCCCAAAGGAAAACACUUCGCUCCCCAUCACCACUCCCCGACCCUCAGUUUCCAACGGGACCGUGGGCUGCGGUGACGCCGGGGGGGGGUCCCGGGGUCGGUGGGGGGGGGGGGGGGGGGACGUCUCCCCUCCCCCUCCCACCCCCGUCCCCCCCCCGGUCCUCCUCACUGUUGCUAUAUUUUUUUGGGUUUUUUUUUUGUUUUUUUUGGUUUUUUUUUUGUUUUUCCUUGUCUAGCUGCAUAGACCUUCGACUUUUUUAACUCUAGUUUUGUGUAGAAAAUUUAAGGAGCAUUCAUUUUUAUUUCGAAAGUCCCGAGCCCGGCACGGCUUGGAGGGAAAUGUACCUUUUAACUUUUUUCAUUGGGCAUAUUCUGGUUAUUAAUGUACCCGGGAAUAUGUACAUUAGAUUAAACUUCUGGAAACGA